CCAAAUUACCUCUUUCUUUCUCCUGUCUUGCCGGCUUAGUCUACAACAAUCGGUAGAAACUCUUCAUCUGCUCAACCAAAAUUCAGUUGGCUCAUUUUCCAGUAAUGAAGUUGGACGCUGGAGUCAAAGGAGGCAAAAGCUUCAAGAAACCUGUUUUCGGAACUCCUCUGGUUCAACUUAAUGGAGAAAAUGAAGAUGCUUCUCGCUUAGUCGGUGGCAUUAUUGAGAAGGGCAGUUUUUCAGUCUCAUCAGAUACCCCUGCCCCUUCCUGCAUACCUCCUCCUCGCCCCACUGCCCUUCCUUUUCCAGUGGCCCGUCACCGCUCCCAUGGCCCUCAUUGGACUCCAGUUGGUGGUAGCAGUUUCAGCGGUGAUGAUAGGGAUAUGGAUGAUACUGAAGAAGGGGAAGAGAAGGGUUUUAGUGGGUUUGACUCUCUUGCUGCUUUUGCCAAACCAGUUCCAAGAAGGAAGAGGAAAGGUUUGGAUUUAUCUCGGUGGCGGGACAUAAUGGGUGGUGAGGGUGAUUCUUCUGGAGAGUGUAAGCACGUUGUUGUUGAAAAGUCCACAGCUGUCAGCCCUCUGGCUGAAAUUUCAGGUGAUAGUUUAGAAAAGAGUGCUGUUGCUUUGGCCAUGGACUUGGAUACGGAAGGCAAGAAUUCUGUUGAUUUUCGAGAGAUGAAAGAGCAACUAUCAGAUUUGCCAACUGAUCUCGCCCAACAAAAGAACACAGCAGAUGUUCAUGUUGCUCAACAGUUUUUGCAGAUGGGAGGAACAUCAAGACAUAGGAUUGCAGAAACGGAGGAAGAUAUUAUAUCAGAGAGAGGGCUGGGACUUCCAGAAAUUUUGGGCAACGAAAUGGAAGUUGAUAGGCAGUCUGUAGAUGAAUCUGAGGCGUUGAAUCUUGAGAGUCAAAUUGAUGCUGAGAAUCGCACUCGAUUAGGGAGAAUGUCAUCUAAAGAGAUCGCAGAAGCACAGGCUGAGAUAAUGGCAAAGAUGAGUCCUGCAUUGAUAGAGGCAUUGAAAAAGCGGGGACAAGACAAGUUGAAAAAGAAAAAGUGCCCUCGUUCAGAUAAGGAUAAGGCUACAACUGCUGUAGUGGGCACUCUGCAAGAUGAGAGCAUUUUGUUCAAUGCACAUGGACUUCCCCAUAGUGAUAGCUCUGACAGGGUUAUCGAAACAGGUUCAAAAGAGACAUGGAUGAAGCAAGGGAAUGAAGUUGGUCCUGGACCCAGCCCAAAGAACAGCAGUUUGUGGGAUUCUUGGAGCAAAAGAGUAGAGACUGUCAGAGAAAUAAGAUUUUCCCUGGAUGGCAGCAUGAUAAAAUUUAAUGUUCUCCAGACGACAAAUACAGGUAGUACGUCUGCCGGAAGUCAAUAUACUGUAAAUAAUGUUGCUGAACGAGACUUGCUUAGAACUGAAGGUGACCCUGGUGCAGUUGGAUACACCAUCAAGGAAGCAGUGGCUCUAACUAGAAGUGUAGUUCCGGGUCAAAGAGCUCUUGCACUACAUCUUGUUGCAGCCAUACUUAAUAGGGCAAUACAUGGCAUCUGCAAGAAGAAAGUUGGAUACAGCUUGAAAUACGCUGAAACAGAUGGAGAUUGGGAGGCUAUCUGGGCUUUUUCUCUUGGCCCAGAACCUGAGCUUGCUUUAUCACUGAGGAUUUGUCUUGACGAUAACCACAAUUCUGUGGUUCUAUCUUGUGCCAAAGCUAUUCAGUCCAUGCUGAGCUUUGAUCUGACUGAGAGUCUCUUUGAUACCUCAGAGAAGGCUCCAUCCACUCAGGAUGACAUUCCUACUGCUGCUGUAUUUAGAAGUAAACCAGAGAUUGAUGUUGGUUUUCUUCAUGGUAGCUUUUGGAAGUACAGUACUAAACCAACUAAUAUUCUUCCCUUACCUAAGGUUAAUGAUGACAAUCCUGAAGGUGAGCAUACAAUUCAGGAUGAUGUAGUUGUUUCUGGUCAAGAUGUAGCUGCAGGUUUGGUUAGAAUGGGAAUCCUCCCAAGGAUAUGCUAUUUGUUGGAGACGCAGUCUUCAGCCUCUUUGGAGGAGUGCUUGCUUUCUAUACUUGUUGCAGUUGCAAGGCAUUCCCCAACUUCUGCAACUGCGAUCAUGACGUGCCAUAGGCUGGUUCAGACAGUCAUUAACAGAUUCUUGGCUGAGGAACAAAUGGAAAUCAAUCCUUCAAAGAUAAAAUGUGUCAUCCUCUUGAAAGUGCUAGCUAGGACUGACAAGAAGAAUUGCUUAGAAUUUAUCAACAGUGGGAUUUUCCAGAAGGUUACUUGGCAUUUAGUUCGAUAUAUGUCUCUUGACCAGUGGAUCAAUUCUGGAAAGGAGGUCUGUAAACUUUCGUCAAAUCUCUUGGUUGAACAAUUAAGAUUAUGGAAGGUCUGCAUAACUUAUGGUUAUUGUGUAUCUUACUUUGCGGAUCUGUUUCCUGCCUUGAGCAUUUGGUUAAAUGUGCCUACUUUUCAAAAGCUACUUGACCGUGACGUCCUUGGUGAGUUUGUUGCAGUCUCCAGGGAAGUUUAUCUUGUUCUGGAGGCUUUGACUAAAAGCCUUCCAAAUUUUUAUUCAUCUAGCGACAAGACAACAGAUGGAAAUGCCGAAGAGAUGGAGAGUUGGUGUUGGAGUUAUGUUGGUCCACUGAUAGAUUUAGCUCUUGACUGGACAGUGUUAAAAAAUAUUACACCUCUAUCCAGAUUCAUUGACUGGCAAAAUCGAGAAAAUGAGGAUAACAUGUUGCAAGAUUCAGUUAUGAAUUCAUUAUUGUGGGUGAUUUCCUCUGCUAUGCACACAAUUUGUAGUGUACUGGAGGCUGUGAUACCAGCUGAUACUUCAGAAUUUAGUGGGGGGUGUCUGCCAUGGCUGCCUGAGUUUGUUCCCAAGGUUGGACUUAAACUUAUCAAGAAUGGGUACUUUCACUUCUCAGGAGCAGAUGUCUGUGAUUUCAAUGUUGCGGAAGGGGGUUCUUUUGUCAAGUUUCUAUGUCAUCUGAGGUAUAAAUGUGGACUAGAAACAUCUAUAGCUUCUUCUUCUUGCCUCCAAGGGUUAAUCCAAAUCAUUUCUAUUGUGGACAAGUUAAUCAGGUUAGCUAACCCUGAGAUUGAUAAUCUGUCAUCUGAAUUCCUGGGUGUGCCAAGAGAAGAUAAGAUUCUGGCUGAUGGGAUACUUAAGUCCUCUGUGGCUGAAUUAAAAGCUUUGCUGGCAAGCUAUAUGAAGUUUACUUUUAAGCGCCCGAAUAUGCAGUCAAUUGAGAUGUUUGGCAGAGGUGGGCCUGCUCCAGGAACGGGUGUGGGUUGGGGAGCCUCAGGUGGAGGGUUUUGGUCCAAAACUGUGUUGCUGGCUCAAGUAGAUGCAAGAUUAAUCACUUGCUUGCUGGAAAUUUUUCAGAAUUUCUGUGUAAAUGAUCAGUUAACAGUUGACAAUUUGCCCAGCUUUCUGCGAUGGAUUAAUACUGCCAUGGAAGUUUGUUUAACAGCGGGACCUAGGGAUAGAUCCAUGGUGGAUAAAAUAUUUGAUCUGCUGUUCCAAGUUCCUGUCUUGAGGUGCCUUGAGUUUGUUAUAUACGAUUUUCUUCAUGUUAAUAAGACGCUGAAAGUUUUCGAGUGGAAGUAUGAAGAAGAGGAUUACCUUCUCUUUUGUGGUGUGUUGGCCGCUCACUUCAAAAGCAGAUGGCUGUCUGUGAAAAAGAAAUCUAGAUCUAUUGAAGAAAAUCGGGAUGCUAGACAAAACAUGCUGAAGAAAGGCAAUUUUCCACUUGAAACAAUUGAUGAGGAGAUGAGUGCAUCAUAUUUGGACAAUACUGGUGUGACUACUUUGACCAAUGAGUGGGCUUACCAGAGGCUGCCUCUUCCCGCUUAUUGGUUUCUUAGUCCAAUGUCAAAUAUGCGUUGCAGUACAGAUGCUAACGUUCACAAAGCUUAUAGUACCCAAAGUGUUGAGCAGGAGCAAGCUGGUCUUCUCAGAGUUGCUCAGGCUGGACUUUUCUUCCUUUUAGGUCUUGAAGCAACGUCUGCCUUCCUUAGCACUGAGUCCUACUCUUCUGUUCAUAAUGUUUCAGUUACUUGGAAAUUGCAUGCUUUGUCUGUGAUAUUGAUUGAUGGGACAGGUGUUCUUGAAGAUGAGAAGAGUAGGGAUGUUUAUCAAACUUUGCAGAGUGUCUAUGGGCAAACUGUUGAUAAGCGAAGAUUGUCUGAAGCAGGAGAUAAAAUAAAUGGUGGUUUGUUGCAAUUUCAGUUAGAGAUAAAUGAGAGCUACUCUACAUUCAUUGAAAUGCUUGUGGAGCAAUUUGCUGCUGUAUCCUAUGGUGACUUGGUUUUUGGGCGGCAAAUUGCUGUUUAUCUUCAUCGAUGGGUUGAAGCUUCUGUUAGACUUGCUACCUGGAAUGCACUAUCUAAUGCUCAUGCUCUUGAACUUUUGCCACCUCUGGAGCAGUGUUUUGCUGAAGCUGAUGGAUAUCUUGAACCUGUUGAGGAUGAUGAGAAGCUCUUAGAAGCCUAUGUAAAAUCAUGGGUUUCUGGUGUUCUUGACAAAGCAGCAACUAGAAGAUCAUCCUCGUACAUCUUGGUCUUGCACCACCUUACGUCUUUUAUUUUUGGCAAUUGCAUUGGUGAUAAGCUAUCGCUCCGAAAUCAGCUUGUAAAAUCUCUCCUGCGUGACUUCUCUCGUAAAGUAAACCAUCAGGGCAUGAUGAUGAAUCUGCUGCAAUAUGAGAAGCCAACCACUGGCUCAAAGCGUGGACUUGUUGAAGCUUGGCAGGUAGAGAAGAGAUUAGUGGUGUUGAGAGAUGCUUGUGGAGGGAACUCUUUGUUGCUGAAUCAAGUGGAAAAGCUCGAUCAAGCACUGAAGAAAGAAGAGCCAGCACAUAGUGUAUCAUAAACUAAUACUCUUGUCUAGGUCCAUGUGUGUGUAUAUACUUGUGCUUGGUUAUGGACAGCAGGCAUGCAGCACCAAAGUGUAUAGCAUGAAUUUUCUAACUAGGGGGAAAUCUUAGAAGACCAUAGCCAUGUACCUAGUUUGGGUUGGGGUAACUUAUCUUGAAAUCCUGUGGAGGUUAGUUUAGGUAAUUUAUCGUCCUUUGAAAGUCAAAUCUUCAAGGGUCUAUUUUUCCUUAGUUUUUGGCUCUCCAACUAAUUAAAAUGUAUAAUUUUAGUCC